UGUCCAAUAGGAGGACUCCUGGGGACACAGCCGCGCAGAUGUGUGAGCAGGUCGCAGCGUAGGAAGAAUCAGUGACAGCAGGAGCAACGUCUGCAAACUGGUGACAAAUUAGAGUGUGUUGAACAAGCAAGAUGUCCUUUGCCAGCGACAAACUUUAUGAUGGUUAUUUGCGGCUGAAUAUGCCAACCAUUGUUACCAAUGUGAAAGUGAGACAAAUAGUGCCGUACCUUCCCUGCCUGACGGCUCAUGACAGGGAAGACAUAGAGGCCAAACGGGAAACUUCUGGGAAUUUCAAUGCCAUGGUGCUUCUCCUGGACUGUCUGAAGAGACGGGAGAACUGGCCGGAGCAGUUCAUCCAGGCGCUAGCGGCUUGUGAGCACAAAAGCCUCGCAGCUGAAAUCAAAAAAGAAUACGACUCCCUGCUACAGGUUAACAAUCCCAGCUCAGGCUCGGCUGCAGCUACUGUGGUCAGGGCUCAUGUCCACCCGGCUCCAGCUGCCAGCCAGCUGCCCGUCUCCGAGAGCAUUGCGGAUGUUCAGCCGGCUCCCCCUGAGCCAGCCUCUCAGGCUCCGGCUCCUGUCCACUCUCCUGCACAGCAGCAAGUGCCUCAGAUGGCGGCCGAUUCCCCACCUGAACCCAUCUCUGAGCCGCCCGCUCAGGAUGAGCUUCCACGCCUUCCGUCUACUCCGCCCCCAUCUCCUGAGAUCCAGCAUGCAGCCGAGGGAAAACACGCUCCCCACCAGGAGCCGGAGGAAAACUCAGAGUCUGAUAUCCAGAAUCCUUCUGGUGAUACCGGCGCAGGGAGGAAAGAGGCUGUCGUCGUGGUGACCUCCCCUCAGGAGCAGCAGCAGCAACGUCCGGUCCCUCAAAGUGGAGCUGAUCAUCUCCAAGCAGCAGCCGCCACAAAGCCGAGUCUGUCUUUAACGUCGGUCAGCUCUGAUGUGUCUGGUGGGUCAUCUGUGCUAACUCUGACUCCAGAGAAACAGCCAGUCCAGGACACCACCCCACCAGCACACAAGGUUCCUCUGCAGCCCCAGAUGAGCACUGAACAUACAGCUGCUCAGGCUGUUAAAAGUAGACCACAGACUGUAGCUUCUUCUUCUCCUGAGCCGUUUGCCAACAAGAGAGAUGGCUUUCAUCAAGACGCCGAUGAUAACUCGGUGUGCCUGAGCAAACCUACUCAGCUCGUCAGCAUCCAGCCAGUUAAUCACCCCAGUCCUCCAGUCCAGUCGCAGAGCUCCUCGCUGCAGCCUUACUCCGGCGACAGUGAGCGACUGGAACUAAGCGACCCUUCGUCAGACACCUGUCUUCCUUCCUGCACCGCUCAAGUCGAGAAGCCUGAUUCAGCAGAACCACAUCAGGAGAACGGGAAUGUUCCAGACCACAGCGAACCAGAGGAGAACCACUACGAGUCUCCAAACCAGAGCUUCGACGUGGCGGAGAACGUGGUUCACGUGGCAGAGAUGCCAUCCAUCCUGAAUCUUGACGGCCAAGCUCCAGAGCCACAACUUCAAAUCGUCAACGGAGAACCGGCCAAAGGAAGCUUUUCUGCAUGCAUCAACGCUGCAGAUGACACUGCGUUGAGUUUUAACAGCCGCCACAGCGAGAACUACACCCCCAUCGAGUCAAAGCCUCUGCCCAGUUCAGAGAAAACCACUCCUCCCGACCCCAGCGACGGCCAAUCCAUGACAAGAAAGUACAUUCUGAUCGGUGCUGGAGUGGGGGCAUGUGCUCUGUUGAUGGCGUUGAAGUUUAAGCGUUAAAGACAGGCAAGUUAAGGGGGUAAGGAUAGUGACUGAGAAUCAUCAUGGUGUCAUAUUGUAAUCUUUGCACCCAGACGGCACAGGACAGACGCUCAACAAUUACAGGUACCAUGCCAAACCUUUGUUCGUGUCAUUAAUUCAUAUCUGUUGUUGGUGUUCAGCAAUGAAUGAAUUUGACUUUGGCAUAAA